CCUAUACCAUAUAUCAUCAUCUCAUCAUCUUCUUCUUAUUCUUGUUCAUCUCAUCUAUCUAGUCAUGUCUUCACUGGUAGGCGCUCAUGGUAUGGCCUUCGCCACAGCCAUGGCGGUCUCUGGUACGGUUAUCCUUCUCGCGCUUUGCCGGCCAAGAUCAUUGACAGAUGCCUCCACCCAAAAUCCCCAGUCCAAGAAACUAGGUUUGCGCCCCUGCAUAAACAGUAGUAGUUCAGGUGAGAGCAGUCAGAUGAUGAAGAAUAAGCAGAAGAAUAAGAAGAAGAAGAGAGUCCGGUUUGCAGAGGAUGUGGUGGUGGAGUUUGAGGCAGAGGGCAGUAGCGAGGAUGAGUUUGGUUUUGAUUGUAAUUAUAAUCAUAACUACAACUAUGGAGAGGAGGAGUAUGGUGUUGCGCAAGAGCAAGAGGAGAAGGAGGAGGGAAUUGUUGAGAAGAUGCCAGCCAACCGGGUGGCACUCUACAAUGGAAUUCUUCAGGCUCGCAUGCACCGAAUUGCUUGCUCCUAUUGAUCCAUUAAUUAUUUAAUGAUUUAAUCAAUCAGUAGCUUCUUCCUUCUCCUCCUCCGAGCAUGCAUUGUGAAAACUCUCUACUCUACUCGGCACAUGCAUGUGCAUAUCCUCUCCUUGCCUCCUCUUCUUCUUAUUAUUCUUCUGUCAUUUAUUAACCGGAAUUCCAUCCUCUCCUCUGUUACUCUGUAGUCUGUACAAUUUUUUUUCAAAUUAAUUGGUGUACGUAUUGCUGUUUCUU